GUUAAUUUUGUACCAAAUUUUAUCGUGAAUGUGGCGUGUGUUGUUUGGAAUAUUGUGAGUCGUAAAUAAAAAUGCUAUUGAUGCGUUAUUAUUAUUUGUUUUAAGUCAUUUACUUGUGUGCAUAAACAUUAAUCUACCAAGUGACUUCAUGUGAAUAACAUCAAUAUCACGAGAAAACACAUUUUUUGCUGGUAUUCUAUCCUAAAUUGCACGCCUGCCUUGGGGUCUGGAGAAGAACAAAAAAUUUAUCACUAUUUCCGAUGCUAAAUUGAUAAUGCAAAAUAGACACGACCAGUCUUCCGGCACGUUAUUGCGCUUUCUCGUGACAAUGCGGUGCCUUACGAUUGAAUCUUUUUAUUAAAGACAACAAUUAACACUUCUUCAUAAUGGUUGUUAGAGCUGACUCUCAAAAUUAGCAAAAUGAGUCACAACUUGGCAGGGAUGCCUUCUUACAGGCUGCCAGGGCCUGGUUUGGGACCUCCAGAUUUUAAACCGCCAAUGGAUACUCCGACUCCGCCAGCGCCGGCGCCGAGUAAUGCGAAGAAAAGAAGAAAAACUUCAAAUGCUAAUAAUGCAUUGACUCAGCCACCACCAACAGCUCAAGACUUACUGCCACCUCCAUUGACAGGCUAUGGAGACACAAUAGUUGCUUCAAACCCUUUUGACGAUUCUCCAUCAACAGUCUCUCACAAUGGUCCAAUGAUGAGCCAUAAUGGCCCUAUGAUGAAUCAAAAUGGCCCAAUGGGCAUGGUGGGUCCUAUGCAUGGUAUGGGUGGGCCACCUAUGAGGCAUAUGAGCCCUUUGCCACACAACAUGAGCUCUAUGAGUCAACAGAUGCCACCAAGAGGAGGGAUCAGUCCAAUGGGUAACAUGAGUCCUAUGGGACAUAUGGGAGGAAUGUCACCAAUGGGGGGACCUAACAUGGGUAUGAGUAAUCACAACAUGGGGCCUGGAAUGGGGCCAACAUCAAGAUCAAUGGGCAGCCCAAUGAGCCCUAUGAAUUCAAUGCCCAUGGGUUCACCAAUGUCCUCAGGACCUAUGGGGAGUCCAAUGAAUAUGGGUUCAAUGGCUGGUAGUCAUAUGAGCAAUAGUCCCAUGGGACCACCUAUGCAUAGUCCUCUUGGUGCAGGAUCAAUGAAUGGACCCAUUAAUGGGCCAAUGGGAGGAGGAGGUCCAGGUAUGAAUGUGCCUCGAAUGAAUGGCCCAAUGGGUCCAAGCUGUUCAAACGGAUCAAUGGGUCCUACUAGUUCUAUCAUGUCAUCGAAUCCAAUGCAGAGUGGAGGAAUGGGUCCUGGCCAUUGUGGGCCUAUGAGACAUGGUAGUCCAAUGGGAUCUGCUAUGGGAAGUGGACCUAUGGGUGGCAAUGGCCCUAUGACCUCGAUGGGACCUGGGCCACCAUAUGGAGGGCCAGGAGCCCAUAUGGGCCAUGGUGGACCUAUGGGAAUGGGUGGGAGUGGUUCAAUGGGUAUGGGUCCAGGUCCUGGUAAUAUGGGUAAUUGUGGUCCAUUGGCAGGAAUGAGUGGAAUGGCUAUGGGAGGUCCAGGGGGUCAAGGAGUGGGCCCUAUGGGACAGGGAAUGGGUAUGUUUGGGCCAAAACCAAUGCCUGUGAGUGCAGGUAAAGUGUACCCACCAGAUCAACCCAUGGUGUUCAAUCCCCAGAAUCCAAAUGCUCCUCCAAUAUACCCAUGUGGAGUCUGUCACAAAGAAGUUCAUGAUAAUGAUCAAGCUAUCCUAUGCGAGUCUGGGUGCAACUUUUGGUUUCACAGAGGAUGUACUGGCUUGACUGAGCCGGCAUUCCAGCUGCUGACAGCGGAGGUUUAUGCAGAAUGGGUGUGCGACAAGUGCCUGCAGUCAAAGACUAUUCCCCUCGUGAAGUUUAAGCCAUAGCGCUGUGCCGCACCCCCGCCCCCUCUACUGCCACCCCCCUGAGUAAACUAUUAACUCAUCACAAGUAUUUAUAAAAUUCGUAUGCUAAUGUGGACACUAAAAAUACAAUUUGAACUUGGGCAAGAGAAUAUUGGUCAGUAGUCUAAGGAAGAUCUCAUGUUGGAUAGUUGCAUAAAAUUAGGAAAAUUAUGUAUGGAAGUGAACUGAAGACUAAGGGUUUCAAAAUUUAUAUUAAUCGCUUUUAUUAUAUGCCUUUUUGUAACUAAAGUAGGCAGAUGGCAUAAAGAAAUACUUAAUGAAAUGGCAGACGGUCCUAUUAUGUCUAGUCUGUUAUUAUUGUCAUUUUAUUUAUUUAUAAAUAAAUAGGAAUAUAAAUCAGUGGUUCUGAUGAAGUAGAAGUUUAUAAUGCGGCUUCUGCAUUAGGCAUAUCUGUUGAAGCAAUUUGAUGUGAUUCUUCAGUAGUGGUGUCACAAAACUCCAGACAAAAGGUAAAAGCAAUAUGAAGGCGGCCCAAGGAGCUUUCAAUGGCUGAUUUGUGUGUCGCUUUAGUCUCUGUGCAUACUGUAAAUAAUUUGUAGUUGGUAAGUUUAAAGAUCACUUUCCGCCUUAUUAUAUGGUGAAUUAUAAUGUACAGUCAAGCUUAAUCUGGAUUUAGCAAGUACCAUUUGGUCGGAUUUGCAUGAUGAUUGUGUAAAUUUUAUAGUGGUCAUGAACUCACAGUUAUGCCAUAUUGAUCUGUGUGAGACCAUUAAGCACAAAUAAACUUGCUAACAAUAACAAUAUUUAUGAAAAUAGACAUGAAAUCUACUGCUCACAAUGUAGUUAUCACCACACACCAGUUGUUUGUGCAAGUUUACCACAAACUCAAGCACACUUUUUGCAGCCAUAUGCAGACAACAAAUCACAGUGAUUGUGACAUAGUUGUGCCAGAGGUCUUUGUGCCUGUUUUAGUUAAUAACGCAAGUUCUACUGGAUCUAAAUAACACUGUCUGGUAAUAAACAGACAGAGUUGCUACAAUCCUUAGAAUGUUGUAUUAAAAUUAACUACAGCCUCAACUGUGAAACGUUAGAGUUCCAAUUGUAAUCAAAUUCGAAUUGAUAACUCGCACUAUACAGAGAGAAGAGAAUCAAGCAAUCCCUUCUGUAGUAUUCGUAUUAUAAGUACUUAUUAUUUCGGUGCCCUAAUUUGCAUGUAAUAAUACGCGCGUUAUGUUACGACAUGUAAAUAGACGAAUCCAUACGCUUUGUUAAGUAUAAGAGUGUUAAUGUGUUUGUCAAUUUUUAACUUUUGGAGAUUUUUUAAUAAUAGAUAUGUAUGUAUUAUAAGGUAUGUAAAUAUAUGCCGUAGUUUUAAGUUGAAUGAGAUUAUACAUCGUCGACAUUUUGGCUCCAGUUUUACGCGGUUGUGACUUAAUUUGUGUGUAGCAUACAGCUAGCUUUUUAUUUAUACUAUGCACCGGAGCUUCUGUACUUUGGCCGAUACAUCUAACAGUAAAUCAAAUAUAAAAAGUCUAUCAAGAUAUAUGUAAAUUGUUAUAAUUAUAAUAACUUAGAACUUUUUAAAAUAUACAAUCCCUUACCAUAUUAUAAAAACUGGUGUCAGAUUUUACUCAAAUUGCCUAAAGGCAUCUGACAUGACUUCCGACUACCGCCAUCUAGAGGUAGUACAUAGCUAGUUUAUAGUUUUUAAUAGUGGGGUGGUUCGCAAAGUGGUCAUCACAAUUUUUCAAAUUUUAACAAAGACAAGAAUAAGUUUUACUAUAUGACUUUAAUUACUCUGUACUGUAGUAAUACCAAUUUUAUAAAUGAUUGAUUUCCAAAAUCAAUCAUCUAUAAAAUUGGCAAAAUUCCUUCCUCAAGAAAAUUGACGGAUGUAAUGACCGCGCAGUCGCAGCGGUCGAAACGCUUUGCGAACCACCCAGUGAUCUACAUGACUAAUGUGCAAGUUUCCUGACGAUGUUUUCCUUCACCGGAAUAUAUCAUAAAUGUAAUAAUAAAUAAUGCUUUGAUGUGCACAAUAUUGUUUUUGGAUGUUAAAUGGACAAAAUAUGUUUUUUAGCCUUUGGUGGACCAAAAUGUUCAGAAUAAUGUAUAGUUCAUCCAUAAUGUAGAAAUGACUUAAUUAGUAUAGCAAAUAAGAAUCUACAUUUUAAAAUGCCGUUGUGUCAGUCUUAAAAAGUUAUUUUGUAAGGAAUUUUAGAUAUUUCCUAUCGGAUUUUGAAUCAUAUAUUAAGAAAUCAUGUUUUCUUUAACAAAAUGUAAUUUAAUUAGCACUAAUACUACAGAUUUUUUAAAACACUUGAGUACUUCAAUAACAAAACGGUAUCUUACGUCUAAUUUCAAAUUGGCCUAUAUGAAACUAGACAAAACAUAAUUGCCAGAACCACAAAAUUGUAUUACCAUACCUCCUUUUUGUACUAACUAAAGGAUAUUAUAAUAUUUCUGUGUAGAUGAUUGGUUUAUGCACUGCCAUCCAUUUAAAUGUUUUAUUAAAUAUUUAAAUCCAGCGCCACCAUCACAUUUUAACAAUUUUGUUUAAUAGCGAAUACUAAAAAAUUACAUUACAAAAUAGGUUACAGUAAAUAAUUUAUUUUAUUAAAGUAUUAUAGUUCUAUAUUGGACACAAAUUUGUAUAAUGGAAAACUAUAAUACUAUCUAAUAACAUCCUUGAUCUAAUAUAACAUAAUUUGUUAUGUGUGUGGUUAGCUAUAAAUUAAAUUCAUAUUAAAUUGAUAAAAGUGUGGUGUUGGCGCUAGUGAGCCGGGAGCGCUCCCAUAAUAAGACUUUCGUCUUAUACAUAUACGGCUGUGUCGCCAAUCCGAAAAAUACUUCCCAAUAAUAUAGGCGUUCAGACUUAUUAUUCCUGCGAGGACUACUAUUACGACACUCAAUGCUUACUUAAUAUGAAGUACGACAAUAUGUUUAAUUUUUAUAAUUCAAAUUUAUUUUUUGCCCCAUGCAUUUUUAUCAUAUCAUAUAAGAUCCGUUUUUAAACCAUGACAUUGAACAUAUUGUAUAACAAUAAUAUAGACCGAAUAUAAUCAAUGAAUAAUUUAUUUUUGCAAAGUAUAUAUUGGAAACAAUCAACAAUAUUCUUAUGACUAUACCUUAAUAAUGAAUUUAGAGAGGAAUGCAAAUAAUUAUUUUAGUUCAUCAUCAUGGAAAAGUUCGAAUAUGGAGCAAUUUAAUAUACGUAUACCGAACAUGGGUUAGGGUUAGGGAGGGGGGUAUAUAAAUCAUUGGCUUUAUCAUAGACACUAACAAAAUGAAAAAUAUACUUAAUAUUUUUUUCUACCACUCUGUACUUACUACCACAUGCACAACGUUUUUCCUGUAUUUUUCGUCCGGUGUCGACGGAAUCCAUAAUGCGUAGCGGUAUGCUAUACGUAGACGCACGUAACGCAGCGGCGUACUGCUACGCAUUCGGUAUUCACCGGUUCUGUAUUUAAAUGGUUUUGUCUAACUUACCUUAUCAUUAUAGGAAUGUUCACAGAUUCUGCCGUGCAUUUGUAUAAUCCUUUCUAUAUGUUCUACCUAUUUAGUAAUGUACUUAUUUAUCAAACGCGCGAUAGAAACAAUAAUUUCGGCCAAUGUUCCCUACGACUCCUUGCUUUUGUGCUCAGAGUAUAGAGAAGAAUAACGCAAAUAGAAAUAUUGAUUUGUAAAUAAUAUGAAAUUAUGAUGUGACGAUUCAUGAAUGUGCUGCCUGUACAGUUACUUAUAAAUUAGAUUUUAUGUAGGAUGAUUCGGCCAUGAUUGUAAUAAUAUAAGCCGUAGAACAUCACAGUUGGUUCUCGGAAGACUGCUAUUGUAUAUUAUUUUCACCUGUAAAUGUUACUUAUGUGUUACAUCAUAUAUCAACAACAACUGUUGUGAAUGAUAGCAAGUUGUAUUUAAGAAUAUUUUAUGAAGUCUAAUAGAACGACAUCAGUGGUCUUAUACUUGUGCAUAGUUUAUUUUGUAUUAUGUGAAUAAAUAACAAGCAAUAAUAAAAUUGUUAUUGAGA